UCUCUGGCCUUCCAUCUUCGGUGAAUAAUACUCUGUUCGACAAGAUGCAUCCCCUGUUUGGAAUGUGCUUUGUUCUCUUUCAUUUUCUGUUGCCCUGUACCUCUGCAAUUACUGAUGAGCAAAGUCUUAUAGAUUUCAGGAAAUCCAUCACCUUGGAUCCUCUAAAUUCCUUAGCCAAUUGGGUCCCUACUGUUCACUUCUGCAAUUGGACUGGAGUUACUUGUAAUUCAGCCAGAAACAGAGUGCAAUUGCUUGAGUUGGCAGAUAUGCAAUUAGAAGGUACCAUCUCCCAUUCAAUUGGCAACCUCUCAUUCCUUACACAACUCGACCUCAUCAACAACAGUUUUGUAGGCCAAAUUCCACAGGAAAUAGGGCGAAUUCAAGGUUUAGAGGCUCUCUAUCUUUCAAUCAAUCAUUUACAGGGCUCUAUUCCAAGGAAUUUGACUUCCUGCAAGGAGUUACAAGAAUUGAACCUCGCUGCUAACCAAUUGACUGGAACAAUUCCUCCAGAAUUGAGUAUGCUUACAAAUCUUCGUGUCCUUCAACUCGGCUCCAACAAUCUUUCUGGUAACAUCCCUCCCUCCUUAGGAAAUCUCUCUCAUCUCGAAGUAUUGUAUAUGGAAGAUCUUGAACUUGAAGGUCACAUUCCACCAGAACUGGGAAAUCUAUCUAACUUGACCUCUUUUCUCCUCUUUGAGAAUCGCCGUUUAACUGGCCCUAUUCCUUCAUCAAUCUCAAAUUGUUCGCGCUUGAUCGAAUUGGGCCUCUAUAGCAACAGUUUGACUGGUAGUAUUCCACUAGAAUUGGGCAAGCUAUCUCGCCUUACAGUUCUAUAUCUAUGGGACAAUCAGCUGAAAGGCACCAUCCCAGCCACAAUUGCCAAUUGUACACAACUGAGUGAACUUGAUUUGGAGCUCAACCAUCUCAGUGGAGAAGUACCAUUGGUGUUGAGCAGGCUUUCAAAGCUUCAAACACUGAGCCUAUCGUCUAAUCAACUUGUUAGCGGCAGCUCAGACACCAUUCCCAUUCUUACUGCCCUUCAGAAUUGCACCGUCCUGAAAAGCAUAUUGAUUCAUGACAAUUAUUUGACUGGAAACUUGCCAGAGCAGCUUCCAAAAAAUCUUACUCUGUUGUCACUAUAUAGAAAUAAUAUAACAGGAAUUAUACCUUCACUUAUUGCCAACAUAACCUACUUGAGAGACCUUGAUUUGUCAUUCAAUCUCCUUACAGGCCGCAUCCCAUCCUCUCUCAGAAGCCUGGGUAAUUUGCAAAGAUUAUUGUUGGAUAACAACAAGCUAGAAGGAAGCAUACCCAGUGAGAUUGGUGAAAUAAAAAGCCUUGGGAAGCUAUCAGUGAGCCAUAAUAAGCUUUCUGGAGAGAUCCCUGAUACAAUUGGUAGCCUUCAACAGUUAACGCAUCUUGUGCUUAACCACAACAAUCUAUCCAGGAAUAUACCUGCAAGUUUGGGAAAAUGCUACAAAUUGCAAUUGCUGGAUCUCUCCAACAAUCAGCUCAGUGGACUCAUACCCCAGGAAGUGGCUAGUCUUGCUAAUUUACAGUUUUAUUUCAAUUUAUCCAGAAACUUCUUGGAGGGAUCUCUGCCCAUGGAGAUUGGAAAGAUGAUUCAUGUUCAAGCUAUUGAUGUUUCAGCUAACAGGUUAGAAGGUACAAUUCCAGCUACUCUGGAAAGUUGUGAGCAACUUGAAUAUCUGAAUUUAUCUUCCAAUGAAUUGCAAGGGCCAAUACCCAGUUCUCUCAGUGGAUUAAAAACUCUUGUAAGCAUGGACCUGUCUUUCAACAAUCUUUCAGGUUUGAUCCCUGUGUCUCUUAGGUCGCUGAAUAUGCUUCAAUAUUUGAAUUUGUCGUUCAAUAACUUCAGUGGAGAAAUCAGAGAAGAGGGCAUCUUUAAAAAUUUGACAGCUGCAUCAUUUAUGGGAAAUACGUUUCUCUGUGGAGAAUGGAUCGAGUUACGUUCAUGCUCUGUUCUCAAUACUCAGCCAAAAGACCACACCAACAGAACUAAAAUAUUAGCAGCAGUGGGUGGAACCAUUGGCUUCCUGUUUGUUUGUUUGUUGAUCUUGGGCCUAAUUUACAGGAGGCACAAGGUCAACUCCGAUGCUCAUAGUGACAUUUUGCCCCUGAAACUAAUGGAUGACAAGGGGAUUUCCUAUCAAGAAAUCGUUAAAGCCACUGAUGGGUUCAACGAGAAAAACUUGUUAGGGACUGGCAGCUUUGGCUCAGUGUACAAAGGCAUUAUGGAUGAUGGUAAAAUUGCUGCUUUCAAACUUCUAAAUUUGCAAAAUGAGGAAGCGAGCAAGAGCUUCAGCAAGGAAUGCAAAGUGUUGGCAGAAGUCAGGCACAGGAACCUGGUCAAAAUCAUAUCCUUCUGUUUAGAAUUUGGACACAAAGUAUUGGUUUUAGAUUUCAUGUCCAAUGGGAAUCUGGACACACUACUGCAUUCCAAGGAUAACUCAUUGACCUUCAGGGAGAUAUUGAACAUAGCAAUCGAUGUUAUCCAUGGAUUAGAAUAUCUGCAUCAGGACUGUUUUCUGCAAGUUGUACACUGUGAUAUAAAACCAAGCAACAUUCUUCUGGAUGAUUAUAUGACAGCACAUGUAGCAGAUUUUGGGAUUGCCCAAAUAAUUUGUGGGUCAGAUACAAGUACCACUGAGUCAGGAAGUACUUCCACUCUAGCUCUCAAGGGAUCGAUGGGCUACAUUGCACCAGAGUAUGGAUUUGGUGGGAAGGUAUCCACGAGAGGCGAUAUUUACAGUUAUGGUAUUAUGCUGUUGGAAAUGGUAACUAGAAAGAGUCCAACUGACCAUAUGUUUGUUGGAGGAUUGAACCUCCACAAGUGGGUAAACAUGCAUUUUGAUAACAAAUUGGACGAGAUUGUUGACACGAGCAUGAUGAAGGAAAUAGGAGAAUAUGGAGUAAAUCAGUGUCUCAUUCCAUUCCUACUUGUUGGCUUGGAGUGUUCAAAGGAGUACCCCAGUGAAAGACCCUCAGCCAGAGAGGUGGUAGGAGUACUGAAAACUAUUAGGGGGACUCUCCUUGAAGCUCAUGAAAAUUUGUAAAGCGUGGAUUGCAUGUUGUAUUUAUAUGCUUUGCUUCCAAUGUUUCUUACUACAAUAACUGUUUUGUUGAAAGUCAGAUCACUGUAGUUGUAUUUCAGGAUUUUAUGUUACAGUUAUUUUGGAAUUAAUCAUUAGAAACCAUGAAAGAAAUUUACAUAACAGAUAUCACUGUCCGUUAAGUCAUAAUUCAAGUGUACAAUGUAGAGAGCGUAAACGGAAUUUUGGCUUCUAUAGGCCUCGUUGUCACAUGCUACAGCCUGGUGGUAGCUUUCUGUUCUUGGCAGCUUGUUGCUGCCCCUUCUUUGUAUUAUUAUUUUUGUAUUUUUUGAAAGCCUAUUUUCUAAAGAGGCUUCAUUG